UUUACGUAUUUGCCUUGGUUUCGGAAAUUCCUUGUUGCAUCUCUUGUGGGCACAUGUUUUACGCAACUUCUCUGCGUUAAGGAAUAUUGAUUCGUUGUUCCAUAAUGGCUGACAGAAGUCAAACUGUUGCCAGUGAUUCUGGUUCUGACUGGGACGAUGAAAGCACUCUGGAUUUCACAUCACCACGGCAACAGAAGAAAGUGCCCCUCCGAUCCCCGUAUCACACUGCCCAACAGGAUGAAGAAGACAAGUCUGAGAUGAGUGAAGCCAGACCCAAACCCAAGGAAAGGUCCGCGGGGAAGCAAGUGAAUGAUAAUGGAGAGACAGGCCAACGGAAUUCAAACAUAAUCCCCAAACAAAGAAAUCCAGCCGACACCUCACCUCUGAUCCAGUCUCACCACCCAGACAACCCGCCUUAUGACUUCAAGGGGGCACUUGAAGAUGAGGGUAGACAGGAAGACAUAGGUCAGCGGCCAGGUCGGGGCAGGAAGGGCAACACCUAUGAUGUCGCUCCAGCUCCACAACAGGUCAACCCAGCAGGGCAGGGAGGUGGCGUGGGAUCGUGGGAUGACUCUGACGCCGAAGAGAGGACGUUGCGAGACCUGAACGCCACAUUGAAGAAGGAGAAGAAACGGGAGACAGAGGAGAGAAAUCGGGGGAAGAAAGAGCAGAGAGAUGCGGACAGGUCCCAGGCCACAGAUCUCCCCACCAGCAGGUCAGACAACAUGAGAGGCAACCAAGCCUAUAGCAGUGGCCGGAGUCAAGGGAGACAACUGGCACAGCAAUAUGACCAGCCUUAUGAGCAAGAUGUUCCCUAUGAAGACGUGACACGACGAGAAGUCAUGUCACCAUACAGCGCUCGUGACGUCCUGGUGAACAUGCCAGGCGACAAACAUCUGGAUAACCCUGACCUUCUUCCUGUGGUCUUCCAUGACGAGGAGGGAGCAAGGAUGUUAUACCACUUCCACCCGUGCAACAUGAAGAUGUACGAAGUGCCUGACACCGAGGAUGCAGCCAUCAUGCCUGGUGUGGCUGACAAAGCAGAGAGAGUUGUACGACGCCUGUGGCAGGAAGUAUUUGGAGGAUUACGACUUGUCACUGGAAUAUUCAUCAUUUUCAUCGUAGAAGCGCUGAAAUUUGUCUUCCACCAUGUGGUUCAGCCUAUCAUCAUUGGUCUACUGACUGGUGUUGGGGACUCCUUACUGAAGCCACUGUUCUCUCUCACCUUCAGCCUCAUCCUCCAACCAAUCAUUGUGUUCUUCUGGAACAUCUUGACAGGUGUACGCCACCUGUCACAACCUGUGAUCGACAUUCUUCAUGGAGUGCUAACGCCAAUUGCAAUGGUUUUACGCUCAUUCCGUCUUUUUGACGUCACGUAUCAAAAUUCAUUGAAUCGACCCAUUCGUAAUGUGUAAAGGCAGCAUUGACUGUACAUUGUAUUUGUCUCAAACAGAAUGUACCGAAUGCAUUUUAAUCUGGGUUUUGUUUGUAUAGCAAUACAUCAAAAGAAAUACUGACAUGCAAGUAUUAGGUACUUAAUUUAUUCGCGAUGAACGAUUUUAUGUUCAAAUUAUGUGCAUAAUUAUUU